CGAAAUUCACAUUUGCUACUUUAUCAACAGUUCAUUUCCAACUAUACAUUUUUCCCUUUUCGAAAGGAUGAGCGAGUCCAUCGAUUUGGAAAGUGCGUCCUUUCUCGGGUCGGCUACUGCGUCUGGCGAUGAGGCUGUCACAAAAGCACUGGACGGGAAAUUCCCGCUGCCCAGGAGAAAACAAAAGGUCCAGACCGAGAGCCCAUAUCCCUAUGCGCCCAGCAGACCACUCAUGCUGGAGAUGUACGGACCACCUCCACCGGAAGGUAUAGCAAAUUUGAACGUGAGUAAGUUGUAUGUUUUACUAAUUUGCACCCAACUACAAGAAGAUCUUUGAUAAAGUAAUUCAAAUUUUGGUACGCUAGCUCUAGUACAACACACACACUGGAACUCAUCAUCCCCACACCACCAGGUUCUCCGAGCUACAAGUCCGCGCUGAUGGUGAUUAGCCAGGACGGCCCUGAGGUAUACGGUGGGCGGGUGAAGCGCAACGAGCAGACGGGGGAGGUGAUCGAGUUUAUGGGCCGGCCGGCGUACGCGGGCGGCGGCUACCCGCCGGUGAUCAUCGCGUUGACCGACCCGGAGCGGCUGCUGAAGCCCUUUCUCCACCGCUUCCCCGACCUGGUGAACGACCGCUGCACCGGGUGCGCCCAGCCGCUGCACAUGGCCGCGAUGACUCGUGUAACGCAGUACAGUGCGGAAUUUCUCUGUGACCAUGGCGCGGACGUGGAGGCACUAGAUGCGAACGGCAUGACGCCCCUGCAGAAAAUGGCAGCCAACAACUUGCCCGUCGGGGUGCGCGCACUGCUGCUCGCCGGUGCGGACAUGAACUACCGAGGAAAAACCGGGUUCACGCCGACCCAGCAGGCCGAGCGCAACGGCGCGGCCGCGGCGCUCGAGGUGCUGCGGGACGCGGAAAGGAACGCCGAUUGGCUGCAGGUCUACCGGAACGAGAAAAUUCUGUACCUAAAAGUCAACUACGCCGGCCACGUGGAGGUGAACGGCACCUACCUCCCGCAGGACCCCACGUCAGUGCCCAUGGCCUUCACGAUCUUCUGUCGCAGCGAGAACUGGGACGCGAAAACCAUGUGGCUCAAGUGGAACCAAGACCCCUGGUACAAAAACUCGGAAAACGACUGCUACAUCUACCGCAACGCCUCGGACCGUCAGUGGUGGAUCGAUUCGGCAAUUGGCAUGGGGCUCUACUCGGUUUCCGGACCCGCGCACGCACCCCCCGCGCACGGCUGGGAGAUGCUGCAAAGGGCCGCGAACACGCGAGCGCCGAUGGUCCGCACGUUUAGGGAGAAGAGAAAAAAGGUCAUCGAAAUCAAGCGACCCCCAAAAAGGCCGGCAUUGAAAGACCUGUAAAUUAUUUGAUAAUUAUCAUCUGGCGAUGAAAUUAUACUAGAGCAGCUCUCCUCCUCCUCGUGCAAAUCAAUUUCGUAUUGGUAUUCUAGUUUGAUGUUGACCCCACGCCGCACAUAGAUAUUCAUCAGUUGUACCCUGUAGACUUUCGCAUUUUCUGUGGGUCCUCGGAGCAUUGUACGUCGAUCCCGGCUGCUGAAAACCUAAGUAACCCGAAUCUGUCCCCUAUUUCACGCUGU